AUGACUAUUUUUCAAUUUUAUUAUUUAUAUUUCCCUUUUGGUGAAGAUAUUAAAAAAGAUGAUUAUAUAAUUCCAACUAUUGAAAAUGAAAAGGAUAUGUUGGUUGAUACCAUUUUGGGAAUGGUUACUGAUCAUCAUCAUUUCAUAGCGGAUAAGCUUAAAGAAGCUGUUAAAAAGAAACAUAGUGAUUGGAUUGAUAUACUUACGUAUUCACAUACUGUUGUUGGAGGUAGCGAAUGGACUGAUAGUGGAUUAGAUGAAAGCUUUUCUAGACCAUUGUGUUUAUCGAAAGCUAUUACUCCUGAUUAUCCUUCACUUGUCAAUUAUAACAAUCAUUGUUUCCCACUCUUAUUGUUUAGAGUUAUCUCUGUUCAUAUUAAUGCUCUUCAACAGACACUCUCUGUUAUGGAAUUCGAAUUGGCCAACUCUAUAAUUACAAAUGUUGAGAAUCAUGUUAAUAGAAGUUAUGCAACCAUUGAAACAUUUGAGUUUGAUAGUGAACUACUCAAAUUAAAAUACACUGAAAUCGAUUUGGACACUCGUCAAUUCAAAGUUUUUCAAGUGUAUCAAUGGAAUAAUGAGAAAUCUCGUGGUUCAAAAACAUUAUUAAAUAAUAAUCAAAAUAUAAAUGCAAAUCUAUCAAUUGAUAAAUCACCAAUGAUUGAUUUCGAUUCAUUGGAUUACGCAGAAAGAUAUAACCUAGCCUCACAUAAACCUGAAUCUUAUUUUAUCGAUGUAAAGGUAAAGAAUGGCAUAAAAGUAGUAAAAGUACAAUCACCUCUCAAUAAACAAUCGAUAGUGACAGCAAUCUCCAAAGAGCUAUCAUUACCAAUCGAAUCAAUUACCAACAUCUACGAUACUGUCAAUAGUAUUGAAAUAGAAGAGGAUCAUAUUUUUCAAAUUAAAAUACUACUUUAA